GCUAAGUCUCUGCUGCAUGCAGAGCCACAGUGGAUCUGUCUGUGGAUCAGCUCUCUGCCAUUCAUCUGACCAGCUCUCGUAUCUCCUGUGAAGGACAGCAAAUUCAUCCAACCUUAGAAACUCGUUCUCAGAACAAACCAACAAAAGACCUGCUGUUGUCCUAGAGUGUGUGGUGUCUACUUGCCUGAUCUUCUCCUCAUCCAGUCUCGCCAGGGGAGUGUUUGCAGGUGAAGAUGAACAGUGGAAUUCUCUUGUUGCCUCUCCUUGGGUUUCUCCCACUUGUGAUACCUACAUGCCCUGUGCCAUGCAAGUGUACCACCACCAUUAUCGACUGCACUUCAAAAGGCCUAACUGUAGCAAAACUACCGCUUGCUUUCCGCCCUUCAGCUGAAAUUAUCCACCUUGGUUACAACAAGCUCACCUCUAUUCCCAAUGGGCUCUUUGACAACCUGAAGAGCCUUCAGGUUGUCUACUUGCAGGGCAACCCUUGGGAAUGCAACUGUGACAUCCUCUACUUGCGCUCCUGGCUCCAGUGGCAGCAGAACCGGACUUUAUACAGGGAUGUGAGAUGCAGCUCCCCAGCUCACCUGCAGGGCCGGAUCAUUGCCUAUCUGACAGAAGAUGAGAUCAUUGCCACAUGCCAGUACUGGUACUGCAUCCUGGCUCUCCUCUCUCAGUUCUGUCUUUUCAUCCUCCUUUUCCUCCAGGGUAUCUUUAUUAUCUUCAUCAUUGUCUACCUUCAAAAAUUUCGGAGAAUGACUGCUGAAGCUCAGAGCACCACCCAAGAUCUACACCAGCAUGUAGACACAUGGGCAUCUUCAAGAAGCCCUUACAAUGGUGAUUAACAUCACAAGACUGAAGACCCUCCUCCCCCUUGGGUGAUGCUGUGCUAAAGUCAUAUGGUUUGUGAUAUCCAGAGGGAGCACUUUGGUGCAGCAUCUGACCCUGACUGCCAUCCAAAACAGGACUGGAACUGAUCAGACACUUGCUGUAUUUCCAAAGACCUGAUCUUGUGGGUUUUUUACUGCUUUAAAUUCUUUAGCAUGAUCUUUAUUGCUUUGAGCUGGGGGUGGUUCUGGUUUGAUAGACUAAGGAAAUCAUCAACUACAGCAACCAGAACUGACUCAAACUGCUCCUAACUGUGGGGCCUGUAGUGCUUGAUCUUUCCUGUGCUAGAGUAUUUCAGCCAUAUUUUCACAAUGCUCCUGGUUGCAUUUGGUCAGGUGAGAAUAGAGGUGGACAGUGAACAGUUGAGGUACUGGACUAGGACAAUGGAGAAAUACAGUUUCCUUGGUGCUACCACAGACUGCCUUAGUAAACUUUGACAAAGUGACCGAGUCUUCUCCUGCCUCAGUUUCCCGUCAGUAAAAGGGAAAGGACGCUGCUUCUUGCUUAAUGCAUCUUUCCCAGUGUUCUUCUGGAGGAGGGAGGGAUUGUUCAG